AUGAGCUCUAUUUUCUUGAACGGAUCUCAGAUCCUUAUAACUCUUGGUGGCUAUGUUAAUUUGGAUAAGUAUAGAUAUGUUUACUUUGUGUCUCUUUUAACAGUUUAUGUGUUCAUCAUCUGCUCUAAUUGCAGCAUUAUCGGUCUCAUCUGGAAUCACAGGAAUCUUCACGAGCCCAUGUACAUUUUUAUUGCAGCUUUGUGUCUCAACUCGCUUAUGUACAGCACUGUUAUAUAUCCCAAACUGUUUGUUGACAUCUUGUCUCACAGGCAGAGCAUUUCUCACUCGGCCUGUAUGUUGCAGUUGUUCUUUUUUUACACUUUUGGUAUUGCAGACUUCUUUCUCUUGGCAGCCAUGGCUUACGACAGGUAUGUGUCCAUCUGCAAGCCUCUCCAAUAUGCAACUACAAUGAACACAAGCAGAGUCACCGUUCUGAUAGCUUUGUCGUGGUUUCUCGCUGCCUGCCUGACCGCAGCAGCAACUAGCAUCAAUGCAAAGCAAAAAAUGUGCCGGUUUGACUCAGUGGGAAUUUUCUGCAACAGUUCCAUAACGAAUCUUCACUGUGUAAGAUCCAAAAUGCUGGCCGUUAUCGCUGUGUUAAUCUUUUUCAAUGGUGUGUUUGUCCCCAUGCUGUUCAUCCUCUUCACAUAUAUAAGGAUAUUCAUUGUUGUGUAUCGUCGUAGCAGUCGAGACCAGGAAAAGGCAGCUGAGACCUGCUUACCUCACAUGAUAGUUUUGAUUAACUUCUGUUGUUUGGCUGCGUUCGAUGUCAUCGCGACCCGAGUGGAUUCUGAGCUCCCAAAGAGCAUUCGCCUGAUGAUGAUAUUGCAAACGGCGGUGUGGAGUCCUCUCUUCAAUCCAAUCAUAUACGGACUGAGGAUGAAAAGUAUCCGGAAAUAUAUCAACAUGUUGUUACAUCACAUUGUCAAAUAA